AUGAGUAAUGAUGAUUUUCUUAAAAGUAUCACUAAUGAUUUGAAUGAACUAGAAACUAUUGUUGAUAAACAAGAAGAGUCAACUACUACUGUUCAACAAAAUACUAAUUAUUCAAUGGACAAUAUAUUAUCAGAAAUAGAUAAUUUAAAAGGACUAGAUUUUGAAGAUGGUGAAAAUGAAUUCUUUAACAUCACAAAAGAGAGCUUAGCAAUGGAUAGAAAGAACGAAUUAUCAAUGAACGAUUUGGUAAAUGUUGGAAAUGAAUUUACAAUUGUUCAACCAGGAGAUGGCAAAUUUAUUGAUGACUUAACUCCAACUCCACAAGACCGUUCAGAAGAUAUUGGUACUAAUGAAAAUAAUAAGACCAAUAAUAAAAAAGAAUAUACCCCUUCUUCGUCUCUAAAAACUAAUAUUUUAAACAUUGUUGAUGAGUCAAAAGAAAAACAACUUGAAACAAUAUGGAAAUUAUUAGAAGAAACUGACCAACCAUUUAAGAAAGAUGUUAUUUAUAUUUCUGAUAUUCCUAUUGAGCCUCCACCUCAAGAACCACAAGAAAGUGUUUUGAAUAAAAUUAAUACAAAUAUUACAAAUAGUUUUGCUUCUUUAUGGAAUACACUUCAAUCCUGGAAACCAAUAGAAAAAGAACAACCAAAGUCUGAACAAAUAAUUACUGAAACAAAUGAAAAAGAGCAAAACCAAUUAAAAACAGAGACAGUAAAUGACCCAUUACUAAAAGAUAUACCUCCUCAAAAUAUUAUUGAAAAAGAAGCUUCUUUAAAUACAACCAAUGGAAAGAAGUUUCAACCACCAACAAAACCUCAUGAAAUUACACCAUACGAAAAAGAUUUAACAGCACAAGGAUACAUCUAUAUUUUAAACAUUACUCAACUCAUUGAAUUAGUAACUCACCCCUUUAAGUUUCCAGGGUUAAUACUCCAUGACAUUAUUUUAAGAUUUAUACCAGAACAAAACGAAUUUUUCUUAACCAAAGGCUCUAAAUCUGAUUUUGAUAUUCUUCCUAGUUCCUUCUCAAAACCGACUCUUGUUCAAGUUUUUGCUUUGUCUAAAAACUUUUAUAUAGUUUACAUUGCAAUAUAUGACGAAUACUAUUUAACACCAAACAGUCCAGUAGUUAUACCUAAUGCCCAAGUUAGGUAUGUGACUUAUUGUGAAUUAAGUAAGUUAACGUCAAUCACAACUCAAUUUGAUUCAAUUACAUCUUAUUUAUCUAACGUAGAUAAAAAAAUGGGUGAUAGUAUUUUAAGUUGGGCAAAAAGUUGGUUCUAA